AUGUGACGGGCGCCCGGUCACCGCUGACAGGGCAAGAGGCGAAACUGCUGGAGAUGACGAGAGUCCCCAGCCGCGGUCGGUCCGCCCGCCCCGGCGGCAGCACCGCACAGAGACUCCGCCACCAGCCUCGCCCGCCCCUUCACACCUGCCGGCGGCAGUUGGGCCAGUACGGGGGGGCGUGGCCUCGGGUAAUCCCUGUGUAUUUGAGCCAGAAUUAUGGGAUUGUUUGACAGGCUAGCGGGAUGGCUUGGGCUGAAGAAAAAGGAGGUUCAUGUUUUGUGCCUUGGCUUGGACAACAGCGGCAAAACAACGAUCAUAAAUAAACUUAAGCCUUCAAAUGCUCAAACUCAGGACAUUGUUCCAACAAUAGGAUUCAGUAUAGAGAAAUUCAAGACAUCAAGUUUGUCUUUCACAGUGUUUGAUAUGUCAGGUCAAGGGAGAUACAGAAACCUCUGGGAGCAUUACUACAAAGAAGGCCAAGCCAUUAUUUUUGUCAUUGAUAGCAGUGACAAAUUAAGGAUGGUUGUGGCCAAAGAAGAACUUGACACCCUUCUGAAUCAUCCAGAUAUUAAGCACCGUCGACUGCCUAUUCUCUUCUUUGCUAACAAGAUGGACCUCAGGGAUGCAAUAUCAUCUGUGAAAGUAUCUCAGUUACUGUCGUUAGAAAACAUCAAAGACAAGCCCUGGCAUAUCUGUGCCAGUGAUGCACUUAAAGGAGAAGGAUUACAAGAAGGUGUGGAUUGGCUCCAAGAUCAGAUCCAAGCAAUGAAGACAUGAGAGAUAAAUAAAAGAUGUGUGGCAUUUCUUUACAAACUUUGUCAGUAGGUGUACAAGUUCCUUGGAAGGGAAGAAUGGCUUAAAGAAAAUGAACAGUUCCACUAAAAUACACUGUGCUGACUGGUUUCCUUUUAGUAUCUCUUCCAGGAAAACUGAAUGUAGACAACAUAGCACCUCAGGUAUGCACACUGAUGAAUUAAAUUGAAUCUUGUGACUGGAGAGCAUAUUUUAAAAGAAGAUUUGUGUUAACAAUAAACAUCUGCAUUCAUGUGGGUUUUAAGUGAUAAUUAGCCAUCAGAAAAUGCCCCUCGGGUUUUUUGGGGGGAGGUCACCCUUUGACCAAAUGGAAGUAUUUCUUUUCCUGAGAAAGAAUAAUCAGCACUUCCUGAAAUAGAGCUGCAUGAGAUACCUACUGAUUUUAGGGGCCCAUUUUUAGGUAUUUCUGCAAAUUUUUUAUUGUAACGUUUUAUGUUGGGCAUUUAGUAACCAUCUACAAUAGGCUUCUAGAGGAAUAUUUUGAUUCAAGAUACAAGGAUUCAAAUAUUAAAUGUGUUUGUUACAGAUGAUUGCAGAUGUUUUUAAGGAACUGCUUUUAAUGAAAUGUUACAAAUUGAUUUUGUGAUAUGCCAUGGUUAUAUUUGCAUUCCCAUCAAUAAAACUUCAAAUAUACAACAUGCCAUGGUUUGGUUUUUUAGCUUAAAUGUGUUCGUUGAUGGCCUUUACAUCUUAGAGAUUUUUGGUUUUCUGUCAGUUCGUUUGGAAUUUGCUUGUCCAUUUUCCAAGGCAAAUAGCGCUGUAUACUGUAAUAAAGCUUCUGACAAGGUUGGUUUU